AGGCUGGAAAGAUUGUGGUCCAUAGUAUCCAAUCACCGAGCAGAUAAAAGGCACAUGACCACGGGUUCUUUUUUAUUUUGAAUUUGAUUAGUUUGAUAACUUGAUGUAGAUGAGCAUAGUUGAGUUACCGUUUUUAAGUUUGCUAUAAAAGAUUGCUAUACGCAGCCACACGUUAGUGUUUUGUUAGAUUUACCAUCGCUACGGAGUCCGUGUCAGUAUUGUUUUCCACCGUUUUUCCAUGUGAAUUUAGUUAGAAACCACUGAUGGACAAAGGGACUAUUUGCCCAACUGAAAAGUGUAUCAAUUAAAUUAGCCAUGACAUCAGUGCUAGAUUUAUAAGACGGCUAACUCAUUUGUUUGGUUAGUCUAAUGUGCGAAUUGCAAACCGGUGUGAACACCAAAAUCACAUUAGUGUUCGUGGUUGGGAAUUACAGGGGGUGUUUCCCGGUCUAGAACAAUGCAGGCUGGAAAUGGAUCCCGCAGAGUGUUUGGUUUCCGUAGUAACGACCCGACCGGACACGCACUCACACGAACAAGAGCAGAGGGGUGUGAUCAUGAAAGCUGUUGGACCUGCUGCGACUGUAGUGGCAGAUCUGUGCCGAGAAGGUGACGGGCUCCUAGAGGCUGGAGAAGUGGAGAGGGCCACUGCUCUGUACACCUCCGCCUUCAGGAGCCAUGCUGCAUCCACUGUGUGUCACAUGCGAGGCCUAGGGGGCUUCAAAGUGGCUAGGGUGGUCUCUACUCUGGAGACCUUACUUGAUGGUCAUGGGCAGAAACAUGCCUCCAUGGAGGGCCUAAACAAAGCCCUGGCAGCUAUUUUCCUUUCAACGCUAAGCCCCAACAAUAUGUCUGCCUCUCUUUUCAAAUUGGAGACCUCUCUUCAGAGCUCUGAUCGGGACUGUGAAGAAAUAAUUUCAAGCUGUUCAGCUCUACUUGAGGGUGAGCAAAAACCCUGCCCAGGGGGUUCCAAUCGAGUGGUUCUGGAGCUGAACAGGGCCCUUGCGUUCUUGCUGUCAGACCCCCAUAGUUCCAAAGGUCCUAGGCUUUAUCUCGAGGCUUUCCAAAACAAUCAAUCAGAGACUGUACGACUGAUCAGGAGCAGGCAAGCUCAGCACCUGCCCAAGAUAUUGAAAACAUUCUCUGAGCAGAUGUUAAAAAAACACGCGUCACACACUGCUGGAAUGAAUUCCGGGAAGGGAGCGAAUGAGAUUGGCGACGACGUACCAGCGGCUGCCUCGGAACUUGAGUUUUUAUUAGCUGUUUUGCCUGGGGACACAGAAGUGCAAGAACUGCAAGCCAAACACUUAUUUCCACUCUGCAGGUUUGAAGAGAGUGCAGAUGUGUAUUCUGCAGCCCUGCAGGAUCAUUCGCAAUCACAGCCAAAGUCAAGUACAGGUGAGGUGACCCAGGGGAUGUCAGCAGAAAGAAGAGCCACUUUUCUGACCAGCAGAGCAGCUGCCCAUCUUUCUGCAGGAGGCCGAGCCUCGGAGGCGAGCCGGGACCUGGGUGAGGCUUUUGGAGUCCAUCCCGCCAAAGCACGACUUCAGUUCCAGAGACUCUUUGUGGACCAUGGGACGGGAACAGCAGCACGUCUCCAUCUACGUCAGGAGGCAGAGAGAGGCCUGUCAAGGUACAGGGAGGCUGUCCUGGUCCGCCCAGACCUGCGCUCCACCGAGGGCAUUGAUCUGCUGGACCCUGUCAUCGCCCAGCUCCGGGCGCUGUGCCACGUGGAGCCCGAUGGGGGCGGCAGAGAGCUGCGGGUGCGGCUGGCCGAGUGCCUCCUUCUUCGGGGUGAGUUCCGAGAGGCCCUGUCCAUUUGUAGCCAGCUGGCGGUCAACGCCAAAGCUCCCGUACAGCAAAGCUACCAAAACACAGUACAGGUGCUGCGCGGCUACACUCGUCUUCUGUCUGACGAUCACGAGGGGGCCCUGGAGGACUUUCAGGCAGUUAUUGAGCACAACUCUCCCCACCCGUCCAGCUGCGUGCGGGCUUUAUGCGGAAGAGGCCUCAUACGCAUGAUGAAGAGCCUGGACUACCUCACUGCCCUGGACUAUGUGACAGCCAGCCGACUGCAUCCCCAGGAAACGGCCCUGGCCGUACGCUGCCUGGUUCCCUGGAACAGCCGCGGGCUGCUGAUUACCGUGCUGUUGGAGCAGGCCAGGGUAAUGCUGGAGGAGUGGUGUGGUGAUCACAACCCCAGCCGCUCCAAACCACGAGAACACCGGAAGAGUCAGCAGCUACAGCCCACACAGAGAAAAGAUGGCUACAGAGAGGGGACCCCAGUGGGAGUCCACUCUCUAGCUGUAGUUCUGAUGGAGUUGCAGCCCAGUGCUGAUGCCCCUUGUAUCCUGGUGACUGAUGCUCUGUAUCUGCUGGGCCGGGUGGAGGAGGCCUAUCGCCUGCUAUUGGCCAUCGGGACCACCACCCCACGAGCACCCAUCCUGGUCCGCCUUGCCCUGCUACAACUGCACCGUGGUUUCCUCUAUGAUGCCAACCAGCUGCUGAAGAAGCUGAUCCACUGUGGUGAUACAAGCUGCUUGUACCCUCUGCUGGCCGUGUCAUCUCCCAAGGACCGGCUGCUGCUACAGUGCCACUGCCACUCGGCCUCCAAACGCAUCCUCCAGGGCCCACGGGAGGAGAGCACCCUGAGGGAGGCCGUGGCCUAUCUGUCCAUUGCCAUCAUGGCUUCUGGUGGUGGAGCCAUUGACUCUCUGCUGGAGAGGGCGAUGUGCUACGCCUUGUUGGGCCAACGCAAGACCGCUAUAUUUGAUUUCAGCACCAUCUUGAAGGAGCGCCCUGACCAUGUUCAGGCUCUCUGUGGAAGGGCCUUCACCUACCUCAUGCUAAACCAGCAGAAAGAAUGUACUCAGGAUAUUCUGGCAGGGCUUCAAAUAAACAUAGAGGCUGUCAUCAAAGACAUAAUUUCGCUCAAAGAUAAGGCAAGGAAACUGGUCUUCGAUUGGCUGCAGCAGUACUGCCGGUCCAGUCUCUUGGAGAUCCUUGCAUCUAAGGCCAUCCCCUGCCAGAAAGAGGAGGUCUGUGAGCUUUUUCUCAUUGGAGGAGCCCUGAUGAGGGCAGACUCCAGGGAAUCCAAAUGGCAUCACCUCUAUGUGGAUAUACUACUGGCCGAAGGUGAGGUAGAAGCAGCCGGAGCUCACCUGACACGCGUGUUUGGCCAGGAGCCACGGGAGGUUGAAGCUCAGGCCAGAAUGGGUGUUGUAGAGGCCUGGCAGCAGAAGUACUGCAGGGCAGCUGUUAGGCUGAGCAGACUGGCUGAAAAACAACCUCCCACUCUGGACUUCCUGCUGAGCCUCAUUCCCCAGACCCACCGAAUAAGCAUGGCGCAAAUGGCAGCCCAGGAAGCAGACAGGGCAUCAGUGAGCAGCAGCAGGGAGCAGGCCUUGGCCCUCCUGACGGUGGCCGUGCAAGCAGCAGGAGAGCUUCGACCUCAAUACUUGCGCCAGCGGGCUGCUUGUCUCGCCCAGUUGGACCUGCAUGAACGGGCCAUUGCUGACCUGGAUCAGGUCAUCCAAAGCCACAGCAGCCCCUAUGAUGCUGCCAGUGGAGCCCCAGAGGAGCCCCAAGUCUGGGCGGAGGACCUGUGUCAGCGAGGUCGCAGCCUGGUGCUGUGCUCCCGCGAGGGGCCUGCCCUGGAGGACUUCACCCGGGCCCUGCAGCUCCACAGGUUCAAGACUCUACGGUGUGUGGAGGCUGGGCUGGGGCGGUCAUGUCUGGCUGAUUGCUUCUUGCGGAUGGCCCUGCAUAACUACGGAGAACAGCAACUCCAUAAGGUCUGGAGUCUGACCGAGAGUGGCCUGGUAGUGGACAGCGAGCAUGCAGAGCUGCGCCGGCUCAGGGCUAGGCUUAAGCGGGAGCAGUGUGGUCCCUGCAUAAUCCAUUAGACUGGUGUACCAUUGUAGUCUGUCUUGAGAGAUCAUUGUAGUGUAGGAAAUCCUUCAAAAGGAUGACUAACUCAAAGAAAGGCUUUCUGAAGGAGAUUACCUAAAGUUCAUGUAUGAUUUAGGAGUAAUUUUGGUUAAUUUCUAGUUGCUAACCAGCAGUGAGUUUGAAUGUGUCAGGAUGUUGAUAGUAGGAUAACUGGAUUAACUAGAUUUGUUUUCUGAGUUAUAAACUCUGUGGUUUGAAUCCUGAAUGCUGAUUGGCUGACAGGCUUCAUUAAAACAUAUACAGUGGAUAUAAAAAGUCUACA